CCAAGGCUUUGGCGAAUGGGGCAGCAUAAAAAUGUUUUAAUAAAUAAAUAAAAAAUAAAUAAAGACUGGGGUCUCCAGCGGGUGCCCAGGGAUGGCUGCGGGUCCAUACGCACCACCCUGCUGUCCGCCCGUCUCCUUGCCGCUCUUGUUUGUUUAAAUAAUGCCCCCCCCGGCACCCUCCUGGGCCUUGGAUUCGGGCAAUUCCUUGCAUCCUCAGCACCUUGCCUUCUGGGGAACGGCUCGGUGCAUGCCAGGCCCACUGCGGUAGCCCUUGGACGGAUGGCGUGGCCACCGAUGACAUUUCCGAAAUCCCAAACAUGCACGGCGACCCAAGGGGGGGGAUCUCUGAGCGCGCAGAUCCCCCCGGCCAGUUUUCCCGACGGCCAGAGGUGGGGUUUGGAAGCUGACGGCCGCGUCGUCUGUUCGCAGAAGGCGGCACUGCAGAACCGGGGCCUGCCUUCAGCGAUGUUGCAGUGCAGGCAUGCUCAGGAGUUCAGCUUCGGGCCCCGGGCGCUGAAGGACGCGCUGAUCUCCACCAACCCGGCCCUGCAGGAGCUCUACGCCAAGGCCUUCUCCAGCGCUGAGAAGCUCUUCCUCUCGGAGGCCUACAACCCGCACCGGACGCUGUUCUGUGGCUUGUUCAUUCGCACCGCCUUCGACUGGCUCCUCAGCCACCCCGACGCCCCCGAGGACUUCGAGACCUUCUACCACUCCCUGCUGAGGAGGAAGCAGAAGUUUUGCCGCAAGCACAUCUAUCUUCAGCCCAUAGACCUAAGCGAAGGACCCGUGGGGAACUCGCUGCUGAAUUCCCUGCAGACCUGCGUCGAAUCUUUCUUCUGGGGCCUCCGUGUCAAGUGCCUUCCUUCUGUCCCGGUCGCCUCCAUCCACUGCUGUUACCGCCACAACCAGGAUUCGGACAGAGUACAGCUCCACACUGAUGGAAUCCUGACCUUUCUGAAGAACAACAAGCCAAUGGAUGCCCUCUGUGUCCUGGGCCUUACCUUGGCAGACCUCUACCCCUGUGAGACAUGGAGCUUCACCUUCGGCAAGUUCCUGCCAGGCCAAGAAGUGGGGGUCUGCAGCUUCGCCAGGUUUUCUGGCGACUUCUCCCAGGUCGGUUGUCCUACUCUAAACCCCUCUCCGUGGAGAGAAGAGGUGCACACCGAAGUCUUGCAGCAGGCCCGAAGCGAGGCGCUGCUGUUCAAUUUGCUGGAAAUGCUCCAGUGCUGCAAGGUCACAUGCCACGAGAUCUGCCAUCUGAUUGGCUUAGGAAACUGUCGCUGGCUUCAGUGCAUCAUGCAAGGUGCCUUGAGUUUGGAUGAGAUUCUGCUGCAGCCCCUGGAGCCCUGUCCGAUAUGUCUUCGGAAGCUGCAGUACGUCGUGGGCUUCAAGCUCAUUGAGCGCUACAGGAAACUCUACGCAUGGAUACAAACCAUUUCAUCCACCUGGCUCAGCCAAGAAGCAGGCGAUCUGUCUAUGUCUGAGGACAUUUUGCCACCCAGUGCAGACUCCGGCAUGGGCUGCGAGAACGACUCGGAGGCGGUGACGUCCCUCUCGGAGCCCCUGACCCCAGAAACCUGCAGCCAAGGCAUCUCCACGUUGCAGGACCUCGACUUUGAUGAACAGUCCUGUUCUCUGGCGGAUGCUGCCAGCCGGGAGCAGUUGGCCGGCGCUCCCAAGCCCUUGGACAUGAUUGAGGACUAUACGGUGUGGCUGCAGAUGUGCAUUGCAGCCCUAGAAAAGGAUGUCUCCGAGGAGGAGAUCCGGCAGGUGGACCAGGCAGUGGAUGCCCUGGCGCGGUGGGAAAUGUUCACAGGGCAGCUGCCUGGGCCCCGGAGAGACCUGCCUUUCACCCAUGACAGCCCGGGGCUCAGAAAAGUCCUGGGAGAUAAGUUCUCCUCCUUGAGAAGGAAACUCAGUUCCAGAAAGCUGGCGAGAGCAGAAUCUUCCCCACGUCGGUGGAAGUGGGAGGAGAGCUAGCCCAGCCAAGAAGCACCUGCUUCUAAAUAUUUUUCCAGUGGGUUAAAUGUGGGUUUUGUUUCUUCUUGUUAUGUUUCCUGUCUGUUUUGUUGCAAGCUCUCGGUGUUUGUCUGAGAAAGAACCAAGAACUCCCCAAGUGCAAUAAAAGGAGCGUCUUCUA